UGCGCGAUCUGGCCUCCUCAUCUCCAAAGUGGGCCUUAAAGGAUAGGAAGGUUUUCAGCUGGUGGCGACGUGGACAAAGGUGGCGGUGCCGGGUCCAUUUCAGGUGUAACUGACUGUGAUGUGGUGUGGCCGCCUACUGAGCUCGCCCCUAGCCCGGGCCCGCCCUGUGGCUCCGGGAGGGGGAGGCCGCCGGGCGCAGUCGGCCCUGGCUCAGCUCACGGACAUCCUGGAGAGCCAGCUGGACGCGAUCCGGGGGGCGGGCACGUGGAAGAGCGAGAGAAUCAUCACCUCCAAGCAGGGGCCCCACAUUAGCGUGGAGGGCAGCCCGGGAGGGAUCCUGAAUUUCUGUGCCAAUAACUACCUGGGACUUUCUAGCCACCCAGAAGUGAUCCAAGCUGGCCUGAAGGCCCUGGACCAGUUUGGAGCAGGCCUCAGCUCUGUCCGAUUCAUCUGUGGGACACAGAACAUCCACAAAGCCUUGGAGGAGAAGAUCGCCCACUUCCACCGGAGAGAGGAUGCCAUCCUUUAUCCAAGCUGCUUUGAUGCCAACGCUGGGCUGUUUGAGGCCUUGCUGACCCCAGAGGAUGCAGUGCUGUCUGAUGAGCUCAACCAUGCCUCCAUCAUCGACGGCAUCCGCCUCUGUAAGGCCAACAAGUACCGCUAUCGCCACCUGGACAUGGGGGACCUGGAGGCCAAGCUGCAGGAUGCUCAGAAACAUCGGCUGAGGCUGGUGGCCACAGAUGGGGCCUUUUCCAUGGACGGUGACAUUGCCCCACUUCGGGAGAUCUGCCAGCUGGCUCAGAAAUACAAAGCCGUGGUCUUCAUAGACGAAUGUCAUGCCACUGGCUUCCUCGGACCAACUGGCCGAGGCACUGAUGAGCUGCUCGGAGUAAUGGACCAAGUCACCAUCAUCAACUCCACCCUAGGAAAAGCCUUGGGGGGUGCUUCAGGGGGCUACACAACAGGGCCUCGGGAUCUCAUCUCUCUUCUCCGGCAGCGGGCCCGGCCCUACCUCUUCUCCAACAGCCUCCCCCCUGCCGUAGUGGGGUGUGCGUCCAAAGCCUUGGACCUUCUCAUAGAGAGCAAUGCCAUUGCCCAAUCCAUGGCUGCCAAGACCCGACGGUUUCGUAGCAAAAUGGAGGCUGCUGGCUUCACCAUCUCCGGCAUGGAGCACCCCAUCUGUCCUGUGAUGCUCGGAGAUGCCCGACUGGCAUCAGUCAUGGCUGAAGACAUGCUGAAGAGAGGGAUCUACGUCAUCGGCUUCAGCUACCCCGUGGUACCCAAAGGAAAAGCCAGGAUCCGAGUUCAGAUCUCGGCCGUUCAUAGCAAGGAAGACAUUGACCGCUGUGUGAAGACUUUUGUGGAGGUGGGAAAGCAGCAUAGGGCCAUCCCAUGACCGACUGCUCAGGGCCUUCCUGGGAAGCCAGGGGAUGGACGGGGCUGAUGCUGGGGAGCCAGAGAGCCCUGAGCCUCCUUCUGGAGGGUGGGGGAGCCAGGGUACCAGCCAGCCCAGAGCCCGGCUCAUUAUGCCCUGUGUUGUGUCUCAAACCAAGUGCCUGGCAUUGAAUAUCUGACUUUUUGCAUUUUCUGUUUCCUGUGUCUUGAAAAACACCCACUGGGGUCAUGGCUAACAAUUAGAACUGUUCAGAAAUGGA